AUGCCUACCCAACGUCAAAAUCCUACCCGCAGUAGCCCCAAGAAGAAGAGAUCAAAGCGCAAAGCUACGGACUCUGAUGGGCAAGAGAUUUCAACAAAGAAAUCACGGGCUGGGGCCGAGUCACUCUCCAUGUCGCAGCAGCCGACUCUAGAUGAAGAUAGCUCCUUGCUCCCUCGGCGUUCUGGACGUUCAGGUGCAGGAACGGGAGGUAGGGCUGAUCAACUCGAGAGAAUUGGUGCCCUCUUGGGUGCCCCAGCACGGACCAACCAACCCAAGGGCUCCACCUCCCUCGACUCGAAUGUUCCAGUCAACCCUCUCGCUCCAGAACCACUUCGUAAGGGCCGUGGAAGUCGUGCGAAGAAACCCCCUCCGCCGUAUAGUGCCUCCGAUACGGUGGAUCCUCCUGCUGCGACUCCUACUAAACCUCGGGGGAAGAAAGCCAAGGUGACAAAGAAUGCUCUUAUCCCUCCCUCGAGCUUGGAGACAGCAGAUGACCGACCCAGUUUCCAUCAAUGCGAAGCUGGCACAAGGUUUGGAUUUUCUCAAUCCAUUGUACCCCCUGGCACAGAACCUGACUUGCAAGUGCUCAACAACCCGUAUGUGGCCGCAGCCAGGGCAAAUGUCGCCACGACAUGUCUUCCUGCCCCCAUCACCCCCGCAAACCAAAUUUCUGUGCCUCCACUACCUUCAAGGACUGCGAUCAAAUACCUUCCUGCUGCCAUCACCAUAUCUGCAAAGCAAGAUUUCGCGCCACCGGUACCUUCAAGGUCCACAUCAGCUGCGCGUCCAUCUGACACUCUUUUCUAUCAAAACUUGGACCCAGCCCUUCACUCAGUUGGCGAUGGACAUUUAGGACAGUCUGAUGGAUCAGAUGCAUCCAGUGAGGGCAGUGAUAGCGGUACUACUGAUGACGAAGAGGAAGUUGAUGAGGAAGUUGGUUGGGGAGCAUCGCAGGGGUACCAUACCGCGCAUCCUGGUUUCUCGAAGGAAGUGCCACCGCCUCGACCCGAGGUCACCACUGCUCUUCCGACGGACUUCGAGUUCCAAUAUUCCCGCGACGAAGAAGAUCAUACAGCAGAGAGAUCUUUGGCAGUGGAAAGCGGCCCCAGCGAUGAUGACACAAUCCAGCCGGCGGCCACUGAACCCAAGCCAGAUGAUGUCUUAGUCAAUCACCACAAGAAAAACGGACGUCCCCACAUUGAAGCGAAGUCCACCGAAUCAAAAAUCCCAGCUACCACGGUCAAAUCUUCAAGAUCCAAGGAAUCACCUGAAGGACCCAAGCCCACUCAACUUGGCUGGUACCCGCCACGCUGGAAGACCUUCCUUGAGGAUGCCAAAGGGGACUGCCGUGCCCAGCAUGCAAUCGAGAACGCGUUCCCGACCUUGGCUGAUGAUCUGCCCAUUUCCGUCACCGAGGCUCUCACAUCAUCUCUCGUAGAAUGGCUUGAAGGCGGUAAGCAGGUUGAAGCAGGUCUGUGGCCCGAUCACAAGCCCGACAUGGCAAAACUGCUAUUCGAAGACUUGUCAACAUGGCGUUCCGACCUGAAAAAACUAGCAGUCGCCAUAGCGCCCAGCAUGUAUAACCUCAUCCCCCCACCCGAAGUCGCUGCGCCAGAUCGUGCCGCAUGGGUACAGAACGCCGCUACGGUGCUUUUGGAGGACUCGCUCUUUCUUCGCAAUGGUAUGGAUGACCUGGGAAAAACUAACAAUGCUGCUCACCCUGCCCUCCGAGAGGCCGCCAUCAGCUUCCUAUACACCGGAUCUUAUCGUGUCGCUCACAGGAGGCCGGAGAUUUUCAAGAAGGCGAUACCAUUGAAUAGCCUGGCUUUGAUUUGCACCGCGUAUCAUUGCGUCCUGGAUGGCCUUUCCAAGAACGGCAAUGGCAAACUCUUCCCGAAAUUCUCCGCCAAAGAAUAUGGCUCUAUUUACAACUCAAUAAUUGUUCUACUCGACGAGGUCAACAGAGACCCAUACCACGGACCCAAAUUGAGGCGGCAACUUCGCCACUGGGCUGCAGAAGGAUGGGCGGAGUCUUGCAAGCUCGACAGGAGGGACACGACAAAGCAUAAUCAUCUGCGAGUCGUUCUGGAUUAG